AUGGCGCGGUUUCCAGUAGCCCGGCUGCUCCUGGCAUUGCUAGCAACGGCUUUCACCAACGCGCAACUUUCCGAUCAGUCGCAGUACAGCAUCCCUUGCGUGAUGCAAUACGUCGGCUGUGUCCUCAUCCCAAACUUCAACACGGUCUUCAGCCGUCUACUGGGCGACGCUACUCUGACUCCUGGCAAGUGCCAGCGAUUCUGCAGCGAUCUUGGUUCGACGUACGGAAGCCUAUACGAUGGUUACUACUGCAGAUGUUCAAUUGUGCCCGAGACGGUAGCGCCUGUCAUCGUUACAGUAGCCGAAUCUCAAUGCAACAGAUACCACUGCCACGACAUUGUCUUCAUCCUCGAUGUCAACCUCCUCCGUCUCCUCGUCAUCUUCGUCCUCCUCGACGGACUCAACAACGUCGACCUCAACAACCUCAACGACCUCGACAACUUCAACGACCUCGACAACCUCAACAACCUCAACGACAAGAAGCAUCCCAACGUUCCCAGUCAACACCCUAGUUCCCGCCCCCCUCGCACCAGCACGGUACAUAGCUUGUUCCCCUCGGCGCCUUGUGGCGGUGCGAUUCCGUUUGAGCUGGGCGCACCGGUGUACACCGUGUACCAGCUGGACGAGAGCCUCCUCAACUCCACGAGUUCGAGUUCAUCUUCGACCGUCUCCUCUACUUCGACUACGUCUUCUCUUUCGUUGAGUUCGGAUACUCCGGUUUCUGGCACCAGGAUCAUCAAGCAGCGUCAGUUCGCUCUACUACUCAAAUACAACCUCUCUAGCGACAACUUCAAGCCAGUCAGCGACCUUGAGCACUUCAGCCUCGACUACACCAGCGUCAAGCGUUCCCAGCAGCGGAUCCCCCCUUACAACUCUACCGCUUUCUUCAACGUCUCCUACUUCAGUCUCUGCUUCAAUCCCUACAACGAGUAG